GAGCUCGGUCGGAAUGCGGAUGGGGAAAAAAUUUACUGGAGGUCGAGAUUAAAAUUUGCGAGUGAUCGGACGGGGUGUCGGUGUUCAAUAGUGCACAGGUCGAGCUCUGAGCUUAGAUGUUCGGCUACAGGUAGAGAUUAAAGCAGCUGGAGACUUUAAUCCGGAGUGAACAUGACGCUGCUCGGUGCUGUGCUGCGUGUUGUUGUUGUCUUGCUGUGCGUUUCCGCAGGGGUGUGUGCUGUAUUACCCGUCCCACAGAACGUCACCCUUCACGCGCUGAAUAUGAACUACGUGCUGAAAUGGCGAUGGGAUCCAGAUCUGACUCCAGACAGCGCAAGCAACGUGACUUUCACCGCACAGUACAUAGCGAAGUUCAAAUUGAAAAGGCCGAAGAACAAGCAGAACUGGACGUCUGUGUGCGAGUCGACGUCCGAGCGCGUCUGCGAUUUUACCUCGGUAGAUCUGCACUAUCUGGGCAUGUGGGUGCUGCGCGUGAGGGCUCAGAGCGGGAAAAACGCUUCGUCCUGGGUGAAGACGGAGUUCUGCCCUGACCAAGAUGCUGCCAUCGGGCCGCCCUCCGCGCUCAACGUCACGCCCGUCAGUGGCCUGCUGCAGGUUACCAUCACAGACCCACUGACCAUCAAGAACAGCUCCAUGAAGGAAUACCUUCCUAACAUGUACUACCUUAUAGAGUACUGGAAAAGGAGUCCUCUAACAGAGAAGCCUCAUAACAACAUAACGACGACCAAUAAUCUGGUGAUCCUGCCCGAUCUGGAGAGCUGGACUUGGUACUGUGUGAGAGUCAAGUCUUUGGAUGACUAUUACAGGAAGCAGAGUGUUUUCAGUCCCACCUACUGCACUCAGACCGACGGUCAGACCCCAUACUGGCAGAUUGUUCUGUACUUCCUGUUGUCGUUGGUGCUGUGUUUCCUGAUGUUUCUGGCGCUUUGCUUGUUCAUCAUCCGAGUGGUAAAGAUCGUCAAGAGCACCUUCUAUCCCUCGGUCCUGCUGCCUGCACACUUCCAUGAGUACCUGUGUGACCCGGGCAGCUCGGAGACGCCGCACUUGUUGAGCACGGAGUCGGAGCUGGAGAUCUGCUGCGACAGCCCCGAACUUCUGAUUCCUGACCCCAAGGUCCCUUUUGUCCCUGAGGUCAGCGAGGUUAUUUUGGAGGUCCACCUGCCACCCAGGACCGUGGAGCCAGGGAUCAGGUCGCACAGUCGCCACAGCAGCUGCGAUUCCGGUGUUCACUCCAUGGAGGGCUCGAGCCAGAGCCAGAGGCAGAGCGAGUUUGGAGAAGUGAAGAUGGAAAAACUGGGAAAGACGAUAAGAAUGGACGAGCUGGACGAAGGAGUGCAAGACGUGAUCGUCUGAUCUGGCAGAAAUCAAAACGGCCUUGAAUCGGCUUUCAUGUCCGUUUAAUUUUUUUCCCAUGCAAUCUGUCUUCUGCAUCUGCUUCCUGCAGAAACAUAAAAAGACUCACAAACUAUAACCCCCUGUUAGGAGGGAUGGUUAGAGUGAGCUGAUCUCUCAGUGAAAGCACUUAGUUUUAUCUUUUUAAUAUGGAGUCGGAAGAAAAAGUCAGCCGCCCAUACUGAUUUCUCAUAACAGUUUAAAGAUUUGCUUUUUAACACAUCAUGUUUUCUUCCGGCAGUUACUCGUAUCAAUCUACACAUUACUGAUGAAAAAAAAAAAAAAGCAGCGUGGAUAAAAAGUCUGGAUUCAAAAGGCAGAAGUAUAAUAGAGCACCCCAUAAUGUAAUAUAAUGUAAAUUACUGCAGAUGCUCUAACUGACGGCCUCUGACUUCAGUGCGCUCGUGUCGAAUGAUGAACAUUUCUUAAUGUAUCAGAACUGUAUAGAAACAUUUUCCUCCAUUAGUGCAGCGAUUCUGUAUCCCUGAGCCCGAAUCUGAUCGACUACUGACUCCAGUACUACUGACUUCUGUUGUAAAGUCGUCUAAGGGCUGAAAUAAAAGAAAGAAAUCUGCGAAAGUGCAGAUGGAUGCAGACUUCUGUGCCGCACUGGAAAUGGCACAUAUGGCAGAAAAUUGGCAUUAAAGAUCUUAAGGGGUAAUAUAUAAUGUGAAGUUGGGAACUGUUUGCUUCUUAAUGUACUGUAUAAACAGUUGAACCUGUCGGAGCCACAAUGUCAUGAAUGUUUUUUUUUUUUUUUUUUUUUUUUUUUUUACAUUUUACAUGUUAUGUGAUAUACUUGUAUAUUUCAUAGGGUUUUGCAUAUUUGUAGGUGUGUCUGAUGGUUUUUUAAAGGCUCCUGAGAUUAUGAUUCUUAUAGAAUCUGAUGUUAUUAACCUCAUAGAUUACUUUAUUCAUUCGUUUUAUUUACAUUUCUUACAUUUCGUCUUAGAGCGCCGUAUGGCACUUGAGUCUUCUCUUAACACAAAGUGACUUGUACAAGUACAUAUAUAAUCAUUUUAUCAUGUGGAUUACUAAAUGUUUCAGAUGUAAGGUUCUUCAAAAUACAUACAUACAUAUAUCCAUACAAGACAAUAUAAUCAAUGCAUACUGCACAUUUUCCCGCUGUUCCAAGCUGCUAGGGGUUGAGGUCCUUUUGCGAUGCAAAAUAAAGUAGAGGAUUUGCAAAA